AUGAUCCACCUCACAUUCGACUUACGCAUUACAACAAAACUAUCGUACCUGUGGAGAUUGCGUUACAAACUGAAAGAAACUUCUUCCGAAAGAGGAACAAAUGCAGGUUCAGGCUUUGCAUUGAAGUGGAGACCUUCUUUCUUGUGCUUGUCAACAUGCGCGCUCACGUACAAAGAGUACGAUAGUUUUGGGCAACGCGAUACAACUAUAACCACGAUGAUUUUCGGCGAUUUUUUGAAACGCCGGCCCUGCAGAAAAUUUUCCGCAACGUCCUGCCGAUUUCCAAAAAUGAAGAACGAGCACUGCUUCGGAGCGAUCAUUCCGCACAGCCUAAAGCUUUAGAAAGCUGGGUACAAAAUGGCAAAGCGUCGAAGAAUGUCGGCGGUAGUAGAAAUGAAAGCACCAGAGGAAAAAUGAGACCUCCAUCGGAAAUCGCAGAUGAUGAAGAAGGAGAGCAAACAGCUGCGGCAAGAACCGGGGCUUCGAAUGGGAAAGAAGAAAAGGAAGCUGCAGGAAGAGAGCCUUCUACUCCAUUCCAUUUCCACCCAAGCGUCUUGGUGAAUUGCGAUAACUUUUUGACGAAGCAAACUAUCAAAUGUAAAAAUGUCUGGGUCUGGAAGAAGAGAAGUUUGUCAUGCAGGUUUUCCCUGACGCAUCAGGUCUGGAAUGCGGGACCUAGCAUGACAAAGUCUGUGAGGUGUCUACUAUGCCUAUCCUGCAUGAGAAACUCCCUCCAAACUUGGCCGAAUGUGGACAGCUUUUGGCACUCAUGCGACACAGAUUUCUGCAUGAUUCGGAUUUAGCAUGACAAGUUCCAAUCUUCUACUAAACUGAAAAAUGUCUGCAACUAAACUGAAAAAUGGCUCACUUUUGGUUCAAACCUCGCGGCCUCGGAGGAGGUCGACUCGGGGAUGAGCUCAAGCUGCAGGCUUCUGCCUGCAAAUUGAGCUCGAUUCAGCUCGGGGCAAUGCGGAAAGGGCGGCCGCAAUUUGUCGCCCCGGAGGUCCGCGACUCGGGACGGCUCCGAAGAGGUGUCCGAGGACACCUCAUCUGGAGGCCAAUUUCGGAGGUGCAGACUUUUUUCGCGGCGCAGACAAACACGACCUAUCUGCCCCACUUUCCCCCCCCCGCGCGAAAAACGUCUGCACCUCCACUUGGGGACCUCAUUGCCGAGGUGCAGACUUUUUUCGCGGAGCCACGUUUUGCAUCAAAAAUCUGAACCCUCACAGCACGGCAUUCUGCUGAUCCAGGGGCUCAGAUUUGUGACCUGGCCCGAAGAGCGAGCCCAAGACGGGUCAUAAAAGAAGGCCAUUUGAAAUACGAAACGCGCAUUACAAAUUGCCACUUUUGGGGGAAGGGGCUCUGCGCCCAAGCACCUCUCGGAGGCUCGCGUCAUGUUGUUAUCUUAGGUGCGAAACUUACCCGAAAAAUGGCAGUCGGAAGCCCCAACCUGUUGCCGCAUUUCCGUGUGGAGGUAGCAAAUCAAGCUCGUGCGGGACCUUCGAGCAAAUGACGCAGGAAUGGAGCGCAACACGUCGGCCAAGUUCCCCAGCACAAAGUCCGCAGCGCUCGCAAGCGGGCCGCAGUCCGGGCGAGAAGUGAAGAACACGAACUGCACUACCAAAAAUUUUGAUUUUUUUAGCUGCAGACAAAUUUCAAGUUGGUAUCUUCCAGACCCAGACACUUUUACAUUUGAUACAAACGGCCAAAGAGCAAAACCUUUCUACUCCAACAUUCCACCCAAGCGUCUUCGUGAACUGCGAUAACUUUUUGACGAAGCAAACGGCGAAAGAGCAAAUCGCGAAAGCUGGCAUGAGCAAAGCUGAACGGAAAGGAGACGAACUACGUGCCCGCAUGAACGCUGGAAUGGAGGCCGCUCAGGGGCAGGCGCGUGCGGCGGAUCGCAUGUUGCAACAACGAUUUAUCAUUACCGGCCUCGGUGGCGCUGAUUAUGUCAACAGGACUUCUGCAAGUAGCACACCCACAGCCACAGGAGGCUCGGAUGCCCCUUUUGCCGCUGAUUCGAAGGUGGAGGAGCAAGAGGUUUUCGACCUGAAUGGCAUCCAGGAGAGGGCUUUCAAGCAGUACGGCUUUUCCAUCGGGCUAGGCCAGGUUUUGCGGGAGGGAAGUCGAAAUACAGUGAGCUUGCGGGAGUACUAUGAAGAUAAACAAGCCGGGGCGGGGGCAAGAACUACAACUACCCACAUGAUCGCAUUCGACGGCAAAUCGUGGCUUGAAAAUGUGCAACAGCAACUGAAAACCUUCCUCCAAGAGAUCUACAUCUGCAAGGCCUCCGGGGAGGCGCAGAAAGCCUGGACCAUCUGGCAGGACCUGGUUUCCGUGGAGCCGAAGGAAAGCGACAAGCUCGCGCUGGGCGACGGCUGGAGGGUGCUGCGGAAACAGGUGCGGGAAUGUUUCGGCGAUAUUUGUAGUUCUAGUACAAGCAGCGAGGGAACCGAACCAUCGAUAAAAAUAGCCCACAAUGGAGCUGCAUCAAGUAGGACAGAUAAAAUUGACGAUCGGGCUGAUCAUCCACCGCCGCGUCCAGCUUCUCCUUCAAAGAGCGAAUUAGAGGACGAGAGCUUGGCACUGUUCGCUGACAUGAUGCGCAGAGCAGAGGGGGCGCGAGCCAAGAACGCGGACAAACAGGAAGAAAGUCUGACUCCAACUGGUCUUUCGCCCAUGUUGUCGUCCAGGAGGACUCCGGGUGACGCUGACCAAGACCGGUCGUCCGCGAAAAUAGAAAUAGGCCGCGGAGCAGAUGGUGGAAGGAGUAUAAUUGAUUUCAGGCCAGCGCUGUUCCCAAUCAGUGUGGUGACGGUGAACAAGAACACACUUUCACAUCCUCAAGGAACAAAACAAGAAAGAAAAGCCACAACGACCAGCGAGCAAGAAGCUUUCGACCAGCGAAGUGCGGCAGCGGGGGCGCGGCUGGGUGCUACAAGUGAAGCAUUAAAGUCUGUUGUGCAGUACAGGACCACUGUGGAGGCGACAGCGGAAGGUUCAACUCAUUUUCAGUUCUUCUUGUGCCAAAUGGAAGUUGAGCAGGAUUGAGUUCUUCUUCUUUCUACUUGAGCUAGUGCUAGUGCUACUCUCAGGAGCUCGAGCAUUAGCGCAUUAUAUGCCUGAUCCAGUGCCAGACUUUCAUACUGACUGCACUUCUGAACGAAGAUGGCAGUCGUUGAUGAAGAUGCGUCAGGACGCCGCUCGUUCGACAUGUUUUCCAUCUGACCGCACCAGAUGCACAAAUUUAGAUUUAUUACCCCUGCUCGUGAUAUUCGUAAAUCAAACUCUUCAUCUUCAACAGGUUACCUCUCCCAACUUGCCGCCAUGUUCCCCGUGCAGAAGUUGAAGAUUUUCCAGAGCGAUUUCUUGCUCCAGCGCCACACGUUCGAGCACUUAUGCUGUGCAAAAGUGAAUGUAUCGUACACGUACUAGUAUAAAUUGCAUUACAAAUUAGCUUAGCCUUAGGAUGACAGAUGGGAUUUGUAAUGCUGUUUUAGCUAGGAAAGGCGGUUUGUAAUGCAUGCCUGCGAUCAUUGCUACGCGUGUGAUUAUACUUUUGCAAUUCAUAGCACUACUUUCUCCGCGAUUUUUCCAAGCACGAAAACCGCGCCCAUGAUUUCAACCUGCGAGAAUUGUGCAGGUUUUAUCCUGAGUAAAAACGUACCCACACCAGAGUCAAGAUGGGGAAUCGGCUAGACAAAUCCACAAGUUUUGGCUGUUUUGCAUGACAAAUUUGGAUUCGUAGUGUAGUGCUGUUUGAGCUAGCUCAGCAGCAUCACAGAUCUAGCCUACCAUGCUGAUUGGAGCAUGACAAAUUGCAAAACAUGACUAGAAAAUGCUUCUCAUGGAGCUCCGCAUGAGAAACAUUUUCAGCAUGCAGAUUUGCCUUACAACUCUGGUGUGGGUACGUUUUUACUCAGGAUAGGUUUCGUGAGGACUUCAACACAGACGGGGCAGGAAGUUCUUGUUCAUCCGGCUUUAGACCGUACAUCAACUUCCUGUUGGAAAUGAAGCGAAAGCAUCCAGAGAAAUUCAACUAUUUCAUGCGCGACAAGUUCCUCACAACUCGUACUUCCCGCCCUAGUAUAAAAACAACUACCUCGUCCGGGGCGGGAGGAGGAAGAAGCAAAUCUUGUUCCGGGGACGGGGGCUCACCAGUCGUCGAUUACAAGGAUGAAAAUCGAAGCUCUUCCAGUCGUGUCUUGACAAUCUACCGCAACGAGGAACUUUUUCGAAGUGCUAGACAGCGACCACAGGGUCGCAAAUUGACCGAAAACAGUACGCCGGCGACGGGUAGCAGCACUUCCAAGGCGGAUGCUGUAGAUACGGACACCGAAACGCAGCUUCUGCAGGAGUUGCUAGCGAUUGAGAACGAGGAACAGGCAGCAUUAGUACCGACAAAAGAAGGUCCUCCGCGCGUUAGGAUUUCACAGGCCAUAGUGCCACCCAGCGCCGGCGCAUCAUUUUCAGCAAAGAGAUCCUGUCGGGGAGAGCGAGAACACGAACAGCAUCAUGACCACGCUCUUCCGGAUGAAGUUGAAAUUGCCCCGGAAGUAGAUGGUCUUCACGAGGACGAGCAAAGUACUAUUGACCGACUGAAGCUGGAGUCCAUUUUCCCGCCACGGGUUUUCGACUUUGUAGCCAAAGUGAUCAGGAAGGUCAGCGUGGUACGAGAACUCGAUCAUGAUCAUGGAACAACGGAAAACAUAAAGGAAGACCUCCAAGACCACGAGCAACUCCAAAAAAUCCGACUGGUGAAUCAGAAGUACCUGGUAGCCGACCGCAGUGCAGCCAUCGUCCUUUCAUUGACAAUUGACAUGACAAAUUUAGUAGACGGCUCUUCUACAGCUCGCCCAGAACAAGCACAGUUAGAAAUCGGCGAGGUUUACCUGUUCAAGAACUGCACGGCUGCAAUGGUGGAAGUGGCCGAGCCGAGGUGGACGAGACCGCGUCCCCAUUCGUCCUCGCUACCUAUGAAACUGAAGCCGGGGCAGGCCGAAGAACAGGAAGAGCGGAAGAGGAACAGCCACCGCAUCAGCAUCAGCAGCGCCUUUGUGCCGGAUUCUUAUUUCAGCUACGAAUUCCUGUAUGAAGAUUAUCCCGGUAAACGUGGUCAAGAACAACUACAUGGCCGCGGGAGAAAACGUACUAGCACCACGGCAGCUGCAGCCAGAAGAACUUCUACUGCAAUAAACUCGUCCACAUCAUCACAACGACCUAAGGCUCCUCGUGCUGUGGAUCAUGAUCAUGGAAAGAAACAUAGCUCGUCCUUGUUGGGCGAGCAUGCGUUCCACCUAUCGGACGACGAUCCUGAUUCGUCCGACCUGCCCGCUGAUGUUGAGUGCCAGGUCCUCUUCAGUAGCUCGUCCGAAGAUGACACCCUGACCCACGACCUCAAGAAGGUGGUCUACCCAGAAGAUCAUUCAUCCAAAAAACUAGACGGAACUAAUAGUCAAGACGGCGCGAAUGAAGAGAUGUUGAACAAGUCAAGCAAUAAAACCAAGAAGUGCGCGGCUUUAUGCACUGCAAAAAUGUCUGGGUCUGGAAGGUUGGAACUUGUAAUGCUGGCUCUACACCCCUGGGAGAUCUGUACUGCAUAACCAACAAAAGUCGCAGCCUCUUUUGUCAUGCAAAAACGCAGCUUGUCACGCGGAUUUCCUAUGAGAAAGCGUUUUGGAGAGUUGUCAUGCUGGGCUGCAUUCGGAAGCGUUUUCAUCAUGCACGUUUUAGCGUCACAAGCUUCCAGACCCAGACUCGUUUGCAUUUGAUAGGCUUCUUUCUUCUACCACUACGAGCCGAUAUUUUGGACCGAGGAGAUGCUGAAGGCUGUGCCGGGGUCCAGGAAAGAAAGUUUACUGAAGGAAAAGAAAUACGUGAAAGAAGUAGUUUGUCCAACUGCAAGUUGCUAUAAUAAUAUGAGGGGAAGAAGCAGUGGCAGUCGUGGCCCGCUAAGUUCUCAUCGUCGCGCUUCAACAUCUUCGGUAUUCCAGCUCCUGCCGAAGGAGAAGCGGGUUUUCGUCUUGGGAAAGUGGCGAGACAUCGACAAAGAGUUCGGAUUUGGCUUUUAUCCGGGGGAGGAUGCGACGAAUUGUAUCGACCCGCUGCUUCAGAAGCUGCAAGUCCCGAAUCUGUCCGAUCAAGAAUUCCGUUGGCGGAAAAGAAAAGUGCAAUAG